CCAAAUUGUCUCUAAACAUCGUAUUGCGCAAACAGUUUCCGAAGCACCCCUAUCCUUCAUAUAGCGUCCUCGACAAACUAUCACAGCAAUGACAACAAAAAAAUCCGAUAUUGAACCAUUUGAGCUCUUCAAGGAAUGUGGAGUUUUCUGCUUAGAAGACGAAAACAUCGGGAAGUUGGUCCAAGAAGUGGAUGACCUUGGUCUCUCCACCAAUCUCGAGAGCUGGAAAUUUUUCAAAGACACGGUUCAUGGAAACUCCACAAUACGACAGAUACUUGAAGGGUUUCUCGAGCCGCCCAACCCGCACAGUUGUCAUACCUUUGGUCCGGAACCCCGUCAGGUCUUCUGCUUCUGGCCACAACCGAAUCAAUCACAUCGCCUGGUCCUUUCAAUGUGGAGUGCGGGCACGAAAUUGGAAUUACAUGAGGGAUCACACAAAGGUCCUCUGAAAGCCGUUCUAGCCUCAAACGGUCUGUUCGAAGUACCCGGCGCGUCCUUGGAGAAGCAUAGCAUUAAAGCCGUACCGCGUGAUUUGGAAAAGGGUGGCAUCUUGAUCUCGGAUGUACGAUUCGCUUUCGAGAGGAAAGCCGGCUUCACGAUUGCAUACAGGAUGGAAAGUGUAACCCCCAAUCAAGACGGCAUACCCAAAGUUGGAUAGUAUUACAAGCAAUCGAACGAUAGCUCAUCCUGCGUCUCCGCCGGCGCCAUCGACGCGUCGAGAAACUGUUGGCCCGACAUCGAUUCAAGGCCAGAGCCCGGACCGUGGCGUGAUGGUAACGACGUUGACUCUGCGCCCAAAGAGACCGUGGACCAUAAGGGCAUUGGGAAUUCCGGUAAUUGACUCUGCCAACUGAUUCCAAAUGGCAAGAAAAGGGGUGGAUGAAGUUGUGGGGAGCGGGACAACUGCGAAUCAACGGCGGGGACGAAAGCCGAGUCAUCGGGGUCAAACGCGAUGUCGCUGGUUUGUCGAGAGGGGCCAUGGUUUCCUUCUUCCACAAGUCCUUCGAUGUCUGAUGAUAGUAUAGGCAGCCCACAUUGGGUGUCAUCCCCAUUUCCAAUAUCUAAAACCAUGCUUGGUCGCCGCUUGAUCUGGCUUGCUGUCUUAGCCACACAAUUUGUGUUGUUUUUCUUAGCGUAUAGAUCCCGCUUGGCCUCGGUGCGCAACACGUUGCAUCUCCUUUUCGUGUAUGUCCGCUGAUUGGGAAGUCCGCCCUUUACGCACUUAUGCGUUAUGUACUUGCGUGCACUAGUGAAGGUGUUCGAACAGAACUGGCAGAAUUCCUUGCAUCGAUAAUCUAGUCACGAUGAGUAAGUUGCUGACCAAGACGUAGUAAUUGAGUCUUUACGAAUUGUGUAGUGCCGUUCGAGAUCUUGCUUCCUUGCGACAGUAGCUUCGCAUUCCGGACAGGCGAAUGCCUUCUGGGGGUCCGAUGGGUUACUCUCGUCGGUUGCUCCUCGAUGCUGAGGGGAUUCUGCUUCAUCUGCCGUCUGUGUCAUCGGCAAUGGAGGCAAGGUAUCAAUGUCGGAUUCGAGAUUAUUCGUGUUGACAAUCGGGAGCAGGGGAGCGCGGGUGUCUGACGACUUGAUAGUGUCGAGCUCUGUGCUUUGGUGGGCAAAGAGUUCAUGCAACUUCGCAAGCAGUGUCGCAAUUUCGGUCUAAAUUGAAUGAUUAGAAAGUCCAAGCUGCCGAUUCCAAUUCUUACCUGGUAGUGCCAGAUAUGCUGUUGAAGCUGCUGCUGCGUUGGAAACGGCAACGAACAGACAUGGCAUUGGAUUGAAUCCAUAAUUGAAAAUUGGGAUGUAGGCAAAGGGGGAAG